GCGGCCUCUGGUUCGAGUGUUCGUCUCCCGUCCGCCCGCGAUGCUGGCGCUGCGCUGCGGCUCCCGCCUGCUCGGCCUCCGCCCGCUCUCCCGCCCCUGUUCGGCGCCGCUGCGGUGCUCCGCGGCCCGCGCCGGCGCCCGAAACCCGGCGUCCGCCUCUGCCGGGAACCCGCUGGUGUACCUGGACGUGGGCGCCGACGGGCAGCCGCUCGGCCGCGUGGUGCUGGAGCUGAAGGCAGAUGUUGUCCCAAAGACAGCAGAGAACUUCAGAGCCCUAUGCACUGGUGAGAAGGGCUUUGGCUACAAAGGCUCUACCUUCCACCGGGUGAUCCCAGACUUCAUGUGUCAGGCAGGGGACUUCACCAACCACAACGGCACUGGGGGGAAAUCCAUCUAUGGGAGCCGCUUUCCUGAUGAGAACUUCACACUGAAGCACGAGGGACCAGGUGUCCUGUCCAUGGCAAACGCAGGCCCCAACACCAAUGGCUCCCAGUUCUUCAUUUGCACCAUAAAGACAGACUGGCUGGAUGGCAAGCACGUCGUGUUUGGACACGUCAAAGAGGGCAUGGACGUCGUAAAGAAAAUAGAGUCUUUCGGCUCCAAGAGUGGGAAGACAUCUAAGAAGAUUGUCAUCACAGACUGUGGCCAGCUGAGCUGAUCAGUGGCCAGGGUGUGAGGAUGGUAUUCAGGCACCCAGGGGCACACAGGCCCUGUCACUGCAUGUCUGAGAAAGUCCACUCGGGAGCCCACACCUCCACCAGGACCUGCCAGGGUGCUUCUCACUGUCUGCCCUUCUUCACAGCCCUGUUUCGGGACCCCCAGUGUGUCUCCGUGACUGGCAGCCCGGGCUCAUGGGUGCCUGGACAUUGUUGGUGGUGACGGGUUUAUCUGAGGAAGGAUGGCUUUUAACCUCUUCCUUCACGCAGGUGGGCAGCCACUGGCUGACCAUUGCUGGCUUCCACAUUGCAGUAACUCAGCAAAUGGCAUUGCUUAGAAAUGAAACUGUGGUCCCAGCUGUGCCAAACUGAUGCCACCUGUUGGCUCAGGCCUCAAAACCCUAGGCUCCAGAUUUGAAACACAACUCAGGGCUUUGGUGACAGACUCCAAGAGCGAGAACUUUCCUUCUAGUUACUGUGAACCCUGCUGAUUUGCUGUUGUCUUUAUUUUUUUGAUGCCAGUCCCUGGGCUUGAGCUCAGGGCCUUGGCUUCUUUUGCUUAACUACU